UUGACGCGCGACACACGCGACACCGCAAAUAUGAAGCUCGUCAGAUUUUUGAUGAAGUGCGCCAACGAGACGGUGACAAUCGAGCUUAAGAAUGGCACCAUCGUCCACGGCACCAUCACCUCCGUCUCGCCGCAAAUGAACACGGCGCUUCGCACAGUCAAGAUGACCCCCAAGGGCCAAGACGCCGUGUCUCUCGACACGAUGAACAUCCGCGGCUCCACCAUCCGAUACUUUAUCCUGCCCGACUCGCUGCCGCUAGACACACUCCUGAUCGACGACGCGCCGAAACCCAAGAACAAGGCCCGCAAGGAGGCCGAGCGUGGCGGCGGCGGCGGCGGCGGACGCGGGGGCAGAGGAGGUCCGCGAGGGCGUGGACGUGGCAGGGGUCGCGGUCGCGGUCGCGGUUAG